GCUGGAGUUUGCCUCUGAUGGGUCAGGAUUACCUGGAGAUCCUCUCUGCCUGGUACUGCAGCUUUGGCAAGUGCUGCACUACAGGAGACUGCAGGAUAGUCAACAACAUCACAGGGCUGGAGGCAGACCUCAAUGGGCAGCUCCACGGGCAGCACCUGGCCAAAGAAGUGGUUGUGCAGGCAAUACAAGGGUUCCUGCAGAGCCCACAGCCCAAGAAGGCUCUGGUGCUCUCCUUCCAUGGCUGGUCUGGCACAGGCAAGAACUUUGUGGCUCGGAUGGUGGCAGGUCACCUGUACCGGGAUGGGCUGAAGAGCAAGUGUGUCAGAGUCUUCAUCUCCCUCCUCCACUUCCCACAUCACAAGUACGUGGACUCCUACAAGGCCCAGCUGCACAGGCAGAUCAGUGAGACCAGGCAGCUCUGCAGGCAGUCCCUGUUCAUCUUCGAUGAGGCUGAGAAACUGCAUUCUGGCCUCCUGGAUGCCAUCAAACCCUUCGUGGCUCACAGCAAGGACCAGGUGGAUGACCAGAGAUCCAUCUUCCUCUUCCUCAGCAAUCUCGGUGGCAGCAGCAUCAACGAGGUGGCCCUGGACUUCUGGCGAGCUGGGCGGGCACGGGAGGAGAUCUCCACGGAGCUGCUGGAGCGGAGGCUGCGGCUGGAGCUGCAGGAGGCUGCAGAGAACAGUUACGCCCACAGCCACCUCCUCAGGGAGAACCUCAUCGACUUCCUGGUGCCAUUCCUGCCCCUGGAGUACCAGCACGUGAAGCUCUGUGCGGAUGCCUUCCUUGCCCGUGGGCUUCCCUACACCGAGGCCACCCUCGACGAGGUGGCCAGGAUGAUGGUGUUUGUCCCCAAAGAGGAGCAGCUUUUCUCUGCACAGGGCUGCAAAUCUGUGUCCCAGCGCAUCAAUUACUUCCUUCCUUGA